GGACAGAGAGACGCACGGAAGCCGGGAUGGUGCGUCUCGGUCGGAUGCAGACUCGGGCUUGGUCCCCGGGGAGAAGAAGGAAGCAGGAAGCAGGGAGAACCAGGACAGGGGGACAGGGGGACAGAGAGACCCGAGCUGCGCGGGCCACGGCAGAGACCAGGCAGGCCGGGAUGGAAGAAGGAAGAUGGAAGAAGGGAGAAGGAAGAACCAGGACAGGGGGACAGACAGACGCAGAGACCCGAGCUGCGCGGGCCAUGGCAGAGGCCAGGCAGGCCGGGAUGGAAGAAGGGAGAAGGGAGAACCAGGACAGGGGGACAGUGGGGCAGAGAGACCCAGACUGCGCGGGACACGGACUCGGGCUUGGUCCCUGGGUGGAAGAAAGUGGAGGAAGGAUGGAGACAAAGAGACCCGGGGACAGAGAGACACACGGAAGCCGGGAUGGUGCGUCUCGGUCGGAUGCAGACUCGGGCUUGGUCCCCGGGGAGAAGAAGGAAGCAGGAGCAGGGAGAACCGGGACAGGGGGACAGACAGACGCAGAGACCCGAGCUGCGCGGGCCACGGCAGAGACCAGGCAGGCCGGGAUGGAAGAAGAAGGGAGAACCAGGACAGGGGGACAGGGGGACAGAGAGACCCGAACUACACGGGACACGGACUCGGGCUUGGUCCCUGGGUGGAAGAAGGAAGGAGAAGGGAGGUUGACAGACAGAGACCCGGGGACAGAGAGACACACGGAAGCCGGGAUGGUGCGUCUCGGUCGGAUGCAGACUCGGGCUUGGUCCCCGGGGAGCAGAAGGAAGCAGGGAGAACCAGGACAGGGGGACAGGGGGAUAGGGGGACAGAGAGACCCAGACUGCGCGGGACACGGACUCGGGCUUGGUCCCCGGGGAGAAGAAGGGAGAAGGAAGGAGAAGGGAGAACCAGGACAGGGGGACGGACAGACAGACGCAGAGACCUGAGCUGCGCGGGCCACGGCAGAGGCCAGUCAGGCCGGGAUGGAAGAAGGAAGAUGGAGAAGGGAGAACCAGGACAGGGGGACAGACAGACGCAGAGAGCCGAGCUGCGCGGGCCACGGCAGAGGCCAGGCAGGCCGGGAUGGAAGAAGGAAGCAGGAGAAGGAAGGAGAAGGGAGGAGAAGGGAGGAGAAGGGAGAGCCGGGGGCUGCGGGACUCGUGGAAGCCGGGAUGGGUCCCUCGAUGGCGGACGCCGACGCCAGGCAGCCCCGGGUGGAAGGGAGGAGGAGGAGGAGGAGGAGGAGGAGAGAGACUUAGAGUCAGACAGAGGGACAGAGAGAGAGACUUAGACACAGAGAGAGAGAGACAGAGAGAGGCUCUGUCCCUGAACUUCUACAGGUACAACCUGGAGCGGCGGGCGCGGACCUGAACCCCCGUCUGCCCGGGGACGCCGCCGACACGGCCACACCGCUCGUCUGGAACCAGGGCUGGCCUUCGGGUCCCAGAUCCGUCCCCACGAGGCAGAGAACCGGGGGUGCACUUGCGUGUUUUUCGCCACCGGGUGGCCCCGGAGAUCGGCGCUGGGCCCUAGCCUAGACGCACUACAGCUCCCAUGAGCGCCUGGGCCCGACUUCCUGUCCAAAAUGGAGGCACUUCCUGUAUCUCACAGAGUACAACCUCCCGGGGACCGACCGAUGGAAAACGCGACCGCCUCGCCGGGUCGGAUCCGCCAGCCUGGCCGGCUUCCCCUCACCCUGGCCGGGAUGAAGCAGGCAGAUCCGACCCCUUGGAGGAAGUUUUUUUUUUUUUUUUCCCGGCGUGCUCUCUGUCGCCACCCGGUGGUGACAGAGGAGAAUGCGGUGGUCGUGACCUUUCGAUUUUCUUUUUUUCAAAGGACACUUGUUUUUGGUUUCCGUGAGCGUUGAUUAUUUUUGAAAGCAUCUACGUGCACGUUCGUUUUUCUUUUAUUCUCGUUGAUGGCUCACCACUCUUUGCAUAUGUGUGAACCCAGAAUAUGUCAACCUAUAUAUACAUUAAACAUGUGAAAGUGUGUGUGUGUUUGUGUGUGUGUGUGUGUGUGU